AUGGCGCUGGAGGGAAAAGUCAUCGCCGUGACGGGAGCCGCGUCAGGGAUAGGACUCGCCGUCACCAAUGUCGUAGCAUCCCGGGGCGGAAAGUUGGCACUGGCUGACAUGGCAGAACGGCCGUUGAAAGAACUCGUCGAGGACCUGAAGAAGCGAGGCGUCGAGGCCGUCGGCACCGUCCUCAACGUGACUUCGGACGUGGAUGUGCAGAACUGGAUCGCGUCGACCGUGAAGCAUUUCGGCAAGGUCGACGGCGCGGCCAAUGUCGCCGGCUGGGGUGGCGGCUUCGUCAACCUCGAAGACACCGACAAUGCCACGUGGGACAAGAUCAUGGGCGUGAAUGCCACAGGGACGUUCUACUGUCUGAGGGCCGAGUUGAAAGCCUUGGGCCGCGGAGGAAGUAUCGUCAACGUGGCGUCCCUGUCGGGGAUCCGAGGCCGCACUGGACUGGGCGCAUAUGUCGCUUCCAAGCAUGCGGUGGUGGGCUUGACCAAGACAGCGGCGCGAGAGGCCGGUGUCAAGGGCAUCAGAGUCAAUGCCAUUGCCCCAGGCCCAACCGAAACACCGAUGCUUGACGCGUUGUUGAAAGGCCCGACGACCACGACCUCCAGCAGCACGCUCAACACGUACUCCAGCCUUCCUCUCGGGAGAAUGGCCCAGCCGGAAGAACAGGCCCAAGCCGUCGCCUUCCUACUCAGUGACGACGCCUCGUUCAUCACGGGAGCGGUGCUCAGCGUGGAUGGAGGUGCUGCAGCCUAG